AUGGCCUCUUUUGACGAUGCUGCAGCAAAGUACUUCUUUAAUCGAACUUCGCAUACCAACUUCCUCGACGGCGACAUUAUGCAACAAGCAAAGAUAUGGAUUGAUGAUUGUGUAGGAGGACGUCAUGAGAGAUGUUUUCCUCCUGAGAAAUCUCAGCUUCCUACCCGUGUUCUGGACGUUGAGCCUAGCCUUGGUCCUAUUGUCCGUUUGCAAGAUCAGACGGCCGGCAGAUUUGAGGGGUAUGCAGUACUGAGUUACUACUGGGGCGGGUCUCAGCCUCUAACCGCCACCAAGAGCAACAUUCAGACCCUGAUAUCUGGAGUUGAGAUUGAUAGACUCCCGCAGACCCUCAAAGACGCUGUUUACGUCGCAAGGAGACUUGGGCUUCGAUACCUCUGGAUUGAUGCUCUCUGUAUCAUCCAGGAUAGCCCGGAAGAUAAACUAUCCGAGAUUGGUAAAAUGGGCACAGUCUACCGGAAUGCUGUGGUCACCAUCGCAUCUGCAACUGCCCGAAAGGCUUCAGACGGUUAUCUCAAAAUUUCUAAGGAUAAUAAACCGGAACAGUCAUGUACAAUGCCAAUUUACCUCCCAAAGCAGCCUCGAGUUGGUAGAGUGACUCUGGCGGCGGAGGGUAUUCCGGCUGAUACACACCCAUUGCCCUUACGGACUCGUGGCUGGGCUUUUCAAGAAGCAGUUCUCUCCCGACGCAUUCUGAUCUUUUCAGAUUACGACUUGCAUUGCCGCUGUAAGCCCCAGCACGAAAUGUUCCUCAAUCUCGGCAACCUCAAGCGAGAGAAGAGCCCGAAGCUGUUCUCGUUUGGAACCAAGCUUUUCGACGAGUUUGAAACUUAUCACAAAAGCCGCGGAGACGGCUGGAUGUCGCCAGUGUUCCUUAGUGGAAUGUGGAGCGGCAUGCUCUUCGAGUUUACUACGCGGUCGCUCACUGUGGCUGAUGAUCGACUUCAUGCUGUGCAGGGCAUAGCGAAUGAACUACUACAGUCGAAGCACUUGUCAACCACUAUGGACAGGACAUAUAUUUCGGGCACAUGGAUGGCUUGUCUGCCAUUACAGCUUCUCUGGUCACGAUCCCAAGCCGGCCCUUCCCAGCCUGUCACGAGUAGAUCCAAAAGAGCCCUAACAUGGUCUUGGGGUUGUCUGGACUGCCGUAUCAAUUUUUAUUCCUAUGGAAUAUCCUCCGUGCGACCAUAUAACGGUUUCUCGCUUUUGCACGUCUCUUCUAAGCCAGAUGAAGUGUAUCUGGAGGCCGAGUGCGAUAUCGUCUGUCGCAGUUUAGACCAAUUCCGCCACGACUCGUCGAAAGACCGGGGCAUCCGGAUCACCCUUGACCUAGAUAUAGAUGAGCUCCCUACCACGGCCACAUGUGUCUACUAUAUACUUCUAGACAAGACUAUUGACAUCACGGGUAGGAAGAAGAGCGAUCCACUCCGGUUGUACUAUGUUGAGGGUAUCGCUACCUACGAGAAUGACAAAGGGGUUUUUCAACGACUGGGCUUUUUCAGAUGGAAUGUGAACCAGCCUGCUGAGGAUGAAUACAUCUUUGGUCAACGGAGACGGGUCAAGUUGGUGUAG